AUGGUGGCCGUAUCUGCAUCUACAGCGGCGCCCAAUAUCAUUCGAAACUUGAAUUUGCGAGUCAAGGCGAACAACAUCAACGUCAACAAUUUGAACUUUCCUCUUGUGUGGAAGAGUUGGAACCGGGCCGCAUUCUUCUCAGCUACGGCAGCUUCGACCACGACCACCAGUACCGGGUCGACGACAUCUGCACGAACCCUACAACCAUCGCCAUAUCCGACCUCAAGGUACAACGUCCAGUCGAGAAGUAUCGCGACCAUGGCUUCGCAGGAAGCCCCAGAGGAUCUCCCACAAACGACACCACCGGAAGGGCUGCAACAGCAGAUGGCGAAAGAGGAUGCUGCUGCUGCUGCUGUUCCCGCUCCCAAAGAAUCCGUCGUCGCCGAACCUGAGUUGCCGAAGCUUUCCGCCGCGGAGUUUAGGGUGUAUAACAGGCUGGCUGUCAUGAUGGAUGCAUAUCAUAACCACUUCCGCUAUACCUGGAACCUGCUGUACAAGACAUGUACCUCCGGCACUCGGCCGGCAGGAAUGUCAAUCCGAGCAUUCAUCUCGCAGGGUUUGCACCUCUGCCACGCUCUGACCGUCCAUCACACCAUUGAAGAGCGACAUAUCUUCCCGGAGCUGGCGGAACGAAUGCCGGCGUUCGCGCCCCAGGAACACCUGAUCUCGCAACACGAACAGAUCCACGAAGGGCUGGAAAAGCUCGAGGCGUACCUCGAUGCCUGUCGAACCGGGGAGCGGGAGUUGCGAUUGCCCGAGUUGAAGGAAAUCAUGGAUUCGUUCGGUGAAGUGCUUUGGACGCAUCUGGAUGAUGAGGUUCGGAUGCUGGGCGCCGAAAACAUGCGCAAGCAUUGGUCCAAGGACGAGAUUCUGUCGAUGAACUGGUGA